AUGGUAUCAAAAACUCAACCUGUUAUUCCUCCUACACUUCCUACGGUUCACCUUGAAACAAUUUAUGAGGAGUCAGGUGAUAGUCAUUCUUCAUCAAUUGUUAAUAUUCAACGUCAGUUUGAUAAUCGUGAACAAUCAUCAAGUUGCUGGUCAAAUCAAACAUUUCAUGGUCUCAUUAGUGCUCGUUCUAUACCAACAGUUGAUGUACACCGACGACGGCAAGAAAAUGAUUGUCAACAUAAACCACCAAUUGAAGUUAGAUAUCUUGAUGGAACAAAAUGUUAUAUACAUCCAUCAUUAACAACAACAACAGCAUCGACGAUAAUAAAAAGAAGAAAAUAUUCUCGUUCUUCUCGUCAUGAUUCAUCGUCACCAAUAAAAAUUAAUACGAAAUCUCGACAAAUAUUUAAUAUAACACCUAAAAAAAAGAAAAAAUUACCAAAAAAACCUGAAAUUAUGUUAACUAUUAUUACAGUUGAAGAUUUAAGUCAAGCUGGUAUUACACCACCAUCGACUUCAUCAUUAGACGAGUCUGAUACAUUAGCAUUAACAAAAUCACAUUCAAACUCGUCAGUCGAUACACUUAAAGCAGUAAAAGAUAUAUCACUUAAUGAUACUGAUAAAGUACUAAUAGAACAAUUACCAACAGCCACUGUUCCACCAUCCAUUCAACCAGUUGGACCAAUCAUUGAUAUUACUAUGUCAAAUCUUCGUUUUCCUGUUGCACCUCGGCAUCAUUCUCAACAUCAACCAACAUUAAGACAUCCUCAACAAACAUCAACUAUUCGUAGUCAAAGUUUACCACCAUCACAAUCUCAUUUUCCUUCUUCACUUCAACAAAAAUCUAUUUCAAAUCUAAUACCGCCUGUUGCUGUUGUACCUCCAAGUCGAAAAACAUCUGGUCCAUCACUUCAAAUUACUGUAACAACAGAUGAGAAUGAAAGAAAUUUACUAUCAAUAAAUCAUAUUUCAAGAUCUACGAUUUCUUCAAUGAAAUCUACUAAUGAAAAUCUGAACAAUCAAUCUAAACCUUCAUUUCAAUCAUGUACUAAUAGUUUAGUUGGUGGUGGAUCUCGUAGUGCUUUUCGUCCUUUUCUUAAAUCAACAACAUUUACUCCACAACCAAAAUUACCAUUAAAUAUGAAUGUAAAAUCACAAACGUCAACAAAUCAAAUCAAACAAAAUUCAUCAAAACCACAAGUACCUCUACCUUCUCAUCCUCAUCCACAACAAUAUCGACCAUCAUCAUCAUCAUCAUCAUCAAAUAAGAUAAAUUUUACAGCACAACAUUCAUCUUCAAUAAAUUCAGUUGGAAAUGAUCGUCAUUCAAUAAGUUCAGAUGUAUCAAAACAAUCAGUUCGUCCAAAAAUAUCAAAUAAUAAUUUGUCAGAUAAAGUCAUAAAUUCAACUUCGACAAUGAAAACGUCAAAUAAUUCACAACCAUUAUUACGAAUAUCGACAAAUAAAAUUGUCGAUAAUUCUUUUAAUCAAACGAAUAUAAUAAAUGAUCAAAUGAAUGAUAUUCAAAAUCGUUCAAUUAUCAUUGAUCCAAGUUUACAAUGGCAUAGUGUAACAUCAAAAUCUUUAUAUGAGGUACCUCGUCUUUCAAAUCAAUAUUCCGGUAUUCCAUUACGUAUAACAUUACCAGAUUCAAGUCCAACACAUAAUCAAAAAUUAGUUCAUAAUCAUGAUAUUGAAUUAGAAAAUCGUCUUUUAAAUGCCGGUUUAUCUCCUGAAACAAUUGCUCUUUAUGAAAGAAUUCUUGAAGUUGGUGAUAUUAGUGAAAUGGCUAUAAGUUCACCACCAGAAAUAAUCAAUCAGUAUCAUUAGCAUCCACAUACAUUUAUAAAUCAUACAUUAAAAACAGUCAGUGAAAAUUUUCUUACAAUGGCUGAUGUCAAUACUCAGUCAUUGUAUACGAGUGCAUCAACAAUGCUUACCAAAAUCGUAGGAACUUUUGUUACACAAAUACAAAAUCAGUUGAAUGAGGAUUCAUCGGAUACAAAUGCGGAAUCAUUACCAUCAUUAGACUCAAAUGUUGAACAGGAAUUUCGUCAAAUUCACUUACCUCAAACUAAAAUAGGUUUAGGAUCAACAGACGAUGAAUUAAUUGGUAUGGUGAAAAAAUAUUUGGAAAUUGUUGGUCUUGUCUUUUUCGUUUGGUUAUUUGGAUAUUUUCACUGUAGUGUAUCAUGGAUUUUAUUUGCUGCAUUUAUAUAUUUAUUUCGACAACGUCAACGUAAUCAAUUUAAAUUACGUCGUAAAAUGUUAAAUGAAAUAAAUAAAAAUGAAGAACAAUAUAUUAAAGCACGUUUAGAUGAAUUACCAUCAUGGGUAUUUUUUCCUGAUAUUGAACGAGCAGAAUGGUUGAAUCGAAUAAUAAAACAAGCAUGGCCAUAUGCAAAUAAAUAUCUUGAUCAAGCUGUUUUUCGUGAUUCACUUGUUCCAUUAAUUCAUGCAACAUCAUCGAUUUUAGCAGAUUUUUCAUUUCAAAAACUUGAUCUUGGAGAAAUCCCACCUAGAAUUGGAGGUAUUAAAGUUUAUACAGAUAAUGUUCGUGAUCAAAUUAUGAUGGAUAUUGAAGUUUUUUAUGCCGGUGAUGCAUGUAUUAAAGCAAAAUUAAAAGGAAUUGUAUGUGGAAUUAAAGAUAUACAAUUUGUUGGUGAUAUGCGAAUUAUUUUAAGUCCUUUAAUUAAUACAAUUCCAUUAGUUGGUGCAGUAUCAUAUUUUUUUCUUAAAAAACCUAGUAUUGAUUUUAAAUUAACUGAUGCUGGAACAUUAGUUGAUAUACCUGGUCUUAAUGAUUUAAUGAUUACUCAAAUAAAUGAUAUUGUAGCAUCAAUGAUGGUUUUACCUAAUAGACAAGUUUUUCCACUUGUUAAUGAUAUACAAAUAGCACAUUUAAGAUGGUCUAAUCCUCAGGGUGUUGUACGAGUAUUUGUUUUGAGAGCACAAAAUUUAAUUAAAGCAGAUAUUACAUUUCUUGGAAAAGGAAAAAGUGAUCCAUUUGUUAAAGUUAAAGUACCAGGUAGUGUUGAAUAUAAAACAAAAACAAUUAAUAACACAACAGAUCCCGAAUGGAAUGAAGUAUUUGAAUUUCCUGUUGAACAAUAUGAAAGUGAUGCUAUUGAUUUUGAAGUAUAUGAUGAAGAUCCUGGUAAAGAUGAUUUUAUUGGAAGAGCUCAAUUUCGUCUUAAUGCAUUGGUUGAUAAUGAUCCUGUUGAUACUUGGUUAACAUUACAAGAUGUGAAAAAAGGUUCAUUAAAUGUUAGAUUACAAUAUUUUUCAUUAACAAAACAAAAAUCUGCACUUGAAAUUAUGGAAAGAAAAAAUAAUUCAAUGAUAAAACGAGAAAAAUUAUCAAAAGCUUUACUUGUUUGUUUUAUUGAUCGAUGUACUAAUCUUCCUCGAUCAAAAAAAAAUCGUCGAGAACCAAAUCCAUUUUGUCGAAUUAAAGUUGAAGCAACUGAAAUGAAAACUCAAACAUUUGAAAGUAAAACAGAUCCAGAAUUUGAAUAUGUAUCACAAAUUUUAUGUGCUAAUCCACUUCAUGAAAAAUUAAAAAUUGAUGUAUGUGAUGCACGAAAUAAUAAUGAAAUAAUUGCAUAUUUUGAAAUGCCAAUUAAACAAAUCUUUGAUACUGACACAAUGACUAUUGAUACGCAAUCAUAUCCACUUAGAAGUUUAUCUGAACCAUUAGAUAGAACAACAAUUAUUCUUCGUUUAUCACUUUUUAUUUUAUCUCCGGGACGUUCAAGUGCAAGUCAUUUAAAUUCAGUAGUACGAACACCAUCAUCUUGUAGUACACAAUCAUUUGAUAUGUCAUCAACAUCAGGAACAAAUAUAAUAACAGAUGGUAAACGUAAAGUUACGAACGAAAUAUCACUUCGAACAUCAUUAGAAGGAGAGAAUUCAUCGAAAUCAAUUACAUCUGGUGUUCAAACACAUUUGACACCAAAUGUUCAUCGGUCCUUAUUGGAAAAUCGUAUAACACCUGACAGAAAAAGUAUUGUCAUAUCUGAUGAUCCUGAUUUAAAAUCAGCACAGUAUGGUAAAAUAAAACUUGGUAUUCGUUAUGCUGUUCCUCGUACAUCUUUAUCCGUAACUAUAUAUGCAUGCCAAGGACUUAUCCAAGUUCAUCAACAGAAUUUACCUGAUCCAUAUGUACGUCUUUAUUUACUACCAGAUUUUAAAAAUGAUAAAAAGAAAACAAAAUCUGUUCAUGAUACAUUCAGUCCAAAAUUUGAAGAUUUAUUUGAAUGGCCAGCAUCAUUAGUUGAUGUACGUCGACAACGUCUUUAUUUAAGUGUUAAAAAUAAUUCACCAUUCUUUGCACACGAGCAAACAUAUAUGGGUGAUCUUCAAAUUGAUUUAUCAAAUUUGGAUCCAGAAAAAACAAGCAUAGCUUGGUAUGCAUUACAAGAACCAAAUACAAGUGGUGGUGGAAUUAUGAAAAUUAAAUAUGAUACAUUUGAAUUAAAUGAAUAA